CUUCGAGCAACGAGAAUGACCACGUCGUCCGCCAAGGAAAAGGGUGCCAAGCAAUUCCAUCAGCAGAAGAAGGUGAUUGAGCGCUUGCUCACGAGUGCCAAUGAUGGCGACUUGAACGAGCUCGAAGCGUCGGUCCGCGCCAUCCAAGACUCGACGGCGAACGUGACAGUGGACGAAAUCUUGACCGAUUUCAAGGACGCGCACAAGCGCUCUGCCAUUCACUUUGCCGCGCUCAACGGUCGCCGCAAGGUGCUGUCGUACAUCUUGGAGCACGCGCCUGGUGCGUUGAACCCAGUCGACGAGGACGGCCGGUCGCCAUUGUUGUAUGCCAUCAAGGCCAACGAAUUCGCCACGGCUAAGCUUCUCUUGGACGCCGGGGCGGACACGAACGUGGUCGAGUCGAAUGGCACGUCCUGUCUGCAUGAAGCGGCGGCCCAUGGCUCUGUCCGCGCGUGCAAGGCGCUCCUGGAGCGCGGCGCCAACCUCAACGCGUCCACAAAGAACGGCACUCCGCUGCACAUUGCGGUAAGCGAAGGACACGACAAGGUGGUGGAUACCCUCGUGGAAGCCGGCGCCGACGUCAACACGCGCAACGCCCACGGCAUCACGCCGCUGCUUCUGGCCACGCUCAUGCACAAGCCCCAUGUAGUCGCCAACUUACUGCGUCACAGUGCCGACAUGCAGAUUUGCAUUUUGCCAGGGGUCACUGCGCUGCACGUGGCGGCCGAGACGGGCUUUGACGACGUCGUCGCCAUCAUGUUGCAAGAACGUACGGACGAAGCUAUUAAAAUUGCCAACCAACGCACGGAUGCCGGAGUCACGCCGCUGCAGUUAGCUGCUGGGUUGGGCCAUGCUGACGUUGUGGCGCUUCUGAAGCCCGUCACCAGUGGCUUUGAACAGCGCGACACUUUGGAAUUGAUUUCUACGGAACAAGCUCGCGUGGCGACGGAAUCUGCAGAACCGUAUCAAGCGCCUGUAUCGGCCAAGAAAAGCGACGACAUCCCCACGCCCUCGGACAUUGUCGACGACGCUGUCGAAUUGCCUGAGGACAUUCCAGUGGACGAAGCCGCCCAAGCCACCGCCACUCGACUCAAAGACGACGGCAACAAACUGUUUGCGCAAAAGAAAUACAUCGACUCGAUUGAUUUGUACACGGAAGCGAUUGGUCUGACCCCUCGGGACCCGCUCUUGUACAGCAACCGAUGCGCGGCGCUGCUGGCGGCCGGCCGCGCCGCCGACGCUUUGCGAGACAUUCGCCUUGCCAAAGUGCUCAAACCCGACUGGCCCAAAGCGCUCUUUCGCGAAGGUCAAUGCUUGGAAGCGUUGAAGCGAUACGAAGACGCGGCGUGUGCGAUGUGGGCGGCGAUGCAAAUCGCGCCAGACGACAAGUUGAUCAAGAAGCGGUUCCAAAACUGUGUCAAGCGUGGCCGCGAAGAAUUUCAAGCGUCUGGGGCUGCCACGUCAUCGCCGUAAUACAAUUGGAAGUUUCA